GGCAUCGAUUUUGUCUAAAGGGGUGGCCAUCUUGCAGUUGAAAGUUUCGUAUCAUCUGUUAAGGCAGAAAUCUUGUGGAGUAUAUAGACGAAUUUCUUGCUUAUUUUAGAUUCAUCUUGAUUGAUUAUUGUUGCUGGUCCAUUCAAAUCUUUACAAUUAUGUCUGGUGGACCAUACAAUUAUUCUUACAUCUUCAAGUACAUCAUAAUUGGUGAUAUGGGAGUUGGAAAAUCUUGUUUGCUGCAUCAGUUUACUGAAAAGAAAUUUAUGGCUGAUUGUCCCCAUACUAUUGGAGUUGAAUUUGGAACCAGAAUUAUCGAAGUGUGUGGGCAAAAAAUAAAAUUGCAGAUCUGGGAUACAGCUGGACAAGAAAGAUUUCGAGCUGUGACACGUAGUUAUUAUAGAGGAGCAGCAGGAGCUCUUAUGGUAUAUGACAUAACUAGGCGGAGUACUUACAAUCAUCUCAGUAGCUGGCUUACUGAUGCCCGAAAUCUGACAAACCCUAAUACAGUCAUUUUCCUAAUUGGAAAUAAAUGUGAUCUCGAUGCUCAACGUGAUGUUACAUAUGAAGAAGCUAAGCAGUUUGCAGAUGAAAAUGGAUUAAUGUUUGUUGAAGCUAGUGCUAAAACAGGCGAAAAUGUAGAAGAAGCAUUCCUAGAAACAGCCAAAAAAAUAUACCAAAACAUUCAGGAUGGAAGCUUGGAUCUAAAUGCUGCUGAAUCUGGAGUUCAGCAUAAACCAACAGCUCCAAGAAAUAAUCUCAGCAAUGAUCAGCAACUCAACAAAGAUGGAUGUGCGUGUUAACUGUCUUCUAGUGUUUGGCAUAAGGUAUCAAGCAUUCUUGAGGACUAUUGAUUUGAUAAUUUUAUGUGCCGCAGCUGCAGUUUCGUAGCACUGGCGGUCUCAACAAAUAUUCUUGAUACCGUCAUUGCAGCUAUAGUUUUUUCAGAUUGAAUGGGAAAAAUGGAACAUCUCGCAUGGCACAAUAGAUUUGUGAUCAGGAGAAACUUCUGCCGAACAAUUAUUAUAAAAUUUAGAUGAGUCUGCACUCAUUCUCCCAGUUAGAUUUAUGUUAUUUUCCCUCAAUUCUAUCUGUAGGACUUUCUUCAAAAACUUUUCACUUUUCUACACUGUUGUAUAAAUAUGAUUGCAAAAUCUGGAGUGAUAUUUUGUCAGUUACAUACUUUAUUUUUUUUUAAUACGGUAUGUCAAUAAAAUUGUAUUGUGCAGAAAAAUUACCAAUUGUGUUAUCAGUACUGUAAAUUCCAAAAGUUUAAAACUAUUUGUUGAUUUUUGUAAUCUACUUUUGUAUAUCUUUGUAGCUAUCAUGUUUAAAUAUUUAAGUAAAUUUUGUGCCUUUUUAAUAAUUCAGCAAUUAGAAUGUAAAAAACUUUCCUCUUUAUUCUUUUAGAUACCUAAAUUUAAAAUUUUAUUAUUAUAGUUUUUGCCAACAAAUUUGUAUAGCAUAAUAUAGAGGUUGCACCAUAUUUUGCAAUUCUUAAUACAAAUCUACGAGUCAGCUGUGCUUUAUUUCCUUUGAUCUAAUUAUGUCGGGACCACUGUCGUAAUUUUAUUUUUUUAAUAGAAAAACUGUUUUUAAUUGAAUUGAUUUAACUUAUCCAUGCAUAGGUACAAGAGAGAAAUUUAUAAAAUUUUUGUAUUGUAAAGAUUUUGAAAAUUAGCUAUAAAAAAUUCAUCUUUAAAAUGAAUUUUAUUGCAUUUUUUUUAAAUGCAAUUUCCGUUUCUUAUAGUUUUAACUCUUAGCAAGCUUUUAGUUUAGAUGUAUUGCAUAUUUCUAAAUCUAAAGAUCUAAAGAAUAUUUAAGUAUUAAUUUAGUUUCAUCUCUUGAACUGAUACAUGAUAAAAUGGAAACUGAAUAAAAAGCUACAUUCUAGUAAAUGAUGUAGAAGAGUUUCCUUUGCACUUUAUUUCUUUGAGGGUGAUUGUUUUUGCAAUUUACUGCAAAAGUGACAUUUUAUUUUCUUCAGAAAUUAACUAGUUCCGUACUAAAUGCAUGCAGAAAGCUGACUCUGUAUGCAAAAUCGGGAAAAACUGCAGUUAAAAAUGAUCUUUUAGAAGUUUCCUCGAGAACUUUUUGUGUCCUGUAUAAAGUGCAGUUGUGUGUCUCUUUGUACAAAAUGAAGUGGGAUGUUUAAAUGUAUAGUUAUUGUCAUUGUAGUUAUACUGGCAAGAAACUGUUAUUGGUCCAAUCUUAUAUUUAUUCCAUGUUGCCAAGUUAAGAAUUAUGUUAGUAAUUACCAAAUAGUGUUUUAUCAUAAUAAAUAAGGUUUUAUUUGCUAUUAAAUUAUGCUUAUUUAUUUUGUAUAUUAGUGUCAAAAACAAAACUGCAGUGAAUUUUAUUGCAUGUAUGUGUGAAGUUUUUGAGGUAUUUACUAAGUAUUUCAUAUACUAAACCUGUGAGAUUUUUUAUUCAUUCCCUCAUUUCAGUGAAGCAAAAUAAGUGAUAAAUUUAUGCACAACAUUUAUUUUUAAUGAUUUGGAAGAGGAAUACAUAUAUUAAUUUUUAAAUUUAAGAACUGAAUUAUGAUAGACAGAAUUAAUGAACUAUUAUAGGCAUAUUUUAUAGUGUUGUGCAAGUUGUUUCUUUCUGUAUUAUAAUGCUUCAUGCUCUUCCAGGUUUUGCAGCUACCAUUAUAAUGAAAUCCAAUGUUCUCUUUUUAACAUUAAUGUGUGUAGUAUAUGUUAUGUAUAUGAACUGAAGUCACCAAGUUUUGUUAAUCGAAUUAGCAAAAUAGUGAAGGAAAAAUAUUUCCAUUAUUAGAUAUUUUCAGAUUGUAUAUAUUUGUCAUGCUUCGUUAUUUCCGUGUUAUUGUUGCCUUCCCAUUUAUAUUACUGUUGCAUGAAAAUGGGUUUCAUUAUAAUGGAGGCAAACACUAAUAACUUUCAUUAGUAUAAAAACAGUUUUGGAAGACUGAAAAUCCUAGAUUUAAAUAAACAUUACUUCUUUACA